GCCUCAGCGUCCAGAGCAGCUCUUGGCGUGCUCCUUGCAGGAGGAUCACCUCGUCUGAGCUGUUCUCAGAUUACGGCCGGUGUUCCUUUUGUCUCUGUAUUUUCUUGCACAGUCCUUGGACUGGUGCAAGUGUCCUGUUUUUACCCUUUUUACUUGCACAGUCUCAGGACUUGUGCAAGUGUCCUGUUUUACCCCUUUUUUACUUGCACAGUCUCAGGACUCGUGCAAGUGUCCUUUUUUUCCCCUUUUUACUUGCACAGUCUCAGGACUUGUGCAAGUGUCCUGUUUUUCCCCUUUUUACUUGCACAGUCCCAGGACUUGUGCAAGUGGGGUUUUUUUCCAUUUUUGUUUCCUGGCCUACGGACUCGAGCAGCCCUGCUCAAAGGAUGGAGCGAGUCCGUAGAGCAGUCAGCAGCGUCUUUUCAUUGGCGGCUUCUCGGAAAGCUUUUCUUCAUUUGGCUGCUCGCCUCAGAGGUGGAAGGAGUCCAGCGCGCGCUUCAGUCCCGCGAGGAGAGGAUCUUGCCAGUCAGGACUCCUGGGCCCAGACAGGAAAGGCAGAGCGGCAGGAGAGCACGGACAGAGUGCACGGUGCCCAGGAGUUCAGGUGGAAGGAGUUGGCUGCAUUUGAGAGAAAGCGCCACUCCUCACUAGAGAGGGUGUCUGAAGUGGCAGCACCGACAGCGGAGGAAUGGCAGCCUCAGAGGGAUCUGCUGAAGGAAGCGGUUCCUCUGGCAGUGCCAAAGGUUUUCCGCCGGCAGCGGCCAGCCCACAGGGGCCUGGAGAAGCUGCUGCAGGAGUUCUCCCGCCAAGGGCACACCCUGUCCCAGGUGUGCAGAGAGAAGGCGGUGCUGGCGCAAGAGAACGCUGCCCUGGAAGCCCGACUGGCAGCCACGGAGCGGGACCUGCGAGGCCUUUCAGAGCAGCUGCCAGAGGCCAGGUCAGAGAAGGAGAGCCUGCAAAGCAGCCUGCUGGAGGCUGAGCAGCACAUAUGGGAGCUGGAGAUGGCCAGGAGCCCUGUGGAAGCCCAAGUGCACAGGGCCAGGCAGGCCAAGGAGGCGAUACUGGAGGAUGUGAGGGGCCUUCGUUGUGAGCUGCUGGCUGUAAGAGCUCUCAGCCAGCAGCAAUGUGAAGACAUGGCUGAACAGCUCCGCUGGGCACAAGAACAGUGCUGCAAGGCUCUGAGACUCUGGCAAUCUGCCCAGGAAGAGGAAAAAAGGAACCUCAUGCAAAAACUGGAGAGACAACUGGAAGAGCAGCAUGUGGAGGCACGGAAGCAGCUGGAGGAACGGGCAAACUUCCUGGCAGAGGUGCUGCAGGAAGAGCAGCGUCAGAAGGCUGCUGUCAUCCACAAGGUGUACCAGCUGCAGAGAGAGCUGAAGCAAAGUGAGCAGCUGAGGCAGAAGCUGAAUGAGCAGUGGCAGAAUGAGCAGGUCAUGCUGCAGGCUGAGCUGCAGGAAGCUGAGAGGAAGAUGAGGGCAAUGGAGAAGAGGCACCAAGAGGAAAUGGAAAGGAUGCACAAGGUCCUGCUGCAGUACAGGCUGGCUGAAGAAAAGCAGGUGGACGCAGGAUCUGCCAUCGAAGCUGCUGGUGCAGCAGCAUCCUGCCAAGAAGCCUCCUCUCCACAGCCUGAAAACCAGAGCAUGAGCAGCUCGGCCCGCUCAAGCCAGGAGAGAGAGAAGCAGUUCCUGAAGCUGCUGAGGUGUGUGGUGAGUGUGGAAGAUCCAGAAAAGAAGUACACUGGAUGGGAACAUCUUGGCAGUGGGGGCUUUGGAGCUGUUUAUAAGGCCUUUGACACUGCCACGGGACAAGCGGUGGCUGUAAAGGAACUUUAUCUCCAGCACCAGGGCUGUGAGGGAAUAUUAAAAGAAAUCCUGCUCAUGAGAGAAAAUAAGAACGCCAAUAUUGUCAGCUACUUAGAAAGCUACCUUGUGGAUGAGGCUGUCCUGCUGGUGUUGGAAUAUAUGGAUGGAGGCUCCUUAGCUGAUGUGGUCACCGUGAGAAGGAUGGCUGUAGGACACAUAGCAACAGUGUGUCGGGAGUGCCUGCAAGGCCUGGCUUUCCUUCAUGCCAAGCAGGUGAUCCACAGAGACAUCAAAAGUGACAACAUCCUUCUGGGCCGGGACGGCUCCGUCAGGCUGGGUGGGUAUUCCUGCUGA